AUGCAUGGACUGUACAGAAAAAACCAGCUGAGCGCGCCCGAGGAACACCUGUGUACAAACGCAUUUUGGAGGAAGAACCUGUUCAGCAGGUACGAAAUAAAACCGAAAUAUUUUAACGUACCAACAUAUCAUGUUAAAGAUAAUACUAAUGAAUGCUUCGAGAGGGUGUCAAAAAAUUCCUGGUAUGAUACUAGCAGUUUUAGGAAGAAGAAAGGUGCGUUUUUAUUUAGCAGGGAACUGAGACACAUCAAUUGGAACAGCAGCCACGAUGGAGUAGAGACGAACUUGAGUGAUAGACCACACGAUGGGGUUGAGGCUCCUAUAAAUGGUGCGCUCCCAAUGCUAACAAACAGUGAAGACGCCAAGAAUUUAGACGAAUGCGGUAGUUUCGCCCAAAAUGUGGUAAGUAGAAAUGCAAAUGGCAAUGCAUUGAAUGAUAAAACAUCAAAUGAAAAAGAAAAAAAAAAAAAAAAAGCACUCCCUUUACCCAAUGAUGGAGUAACCCCCACUGGCAGCUUGUUAACCUUUCAUGCGAGAAAAAAUAACCUGCACAAAUUAGCAAAAAUGGGUAAUGCCAAAAGAACAUAUAACGUUAAAAAUGAGAAAUGGACUCCUGAAAGUUGUAGGUCUUUGGAUCAUGAACCCGCACAAAGGUAUACGCACAAAUGGGACACCACCCCUUCGGUUAGCGGCAAAGUGUACAAAAAGAAACAAACGAGCAUAGAUCUUUGGAAGUACAAAAGGGAAGACAGAUUAAAGGGGUGCACUCUGCAUGAACAGGUCAACGAGAAAAUCAUUUCCAGCAAGCUAUCAGCCGAAAAAGGAAUUAUGUGCGUACACAAAUUGGCAACACUUCCUGUAGACGACAAAAUGAGGUCAGACAAAAGCGGAAAAGGGCAACUGGAAAAAAGUUCUAAAAAGAUGAAAGAGAAAAGCGUUCACAGGAAGGAAAACUUAGGAGGGCUGUUACAGAUGACCCCUUCCAUGGGAAAGACAAAAAAGGAAUCUUUUGUCCGAUCCUACAUCACUUCUGAGAUCGCAUCCGUUAGUGUGAUUGCAAGUGGAGGUUACACCCAUGGGGGGAAAAGAAUUGAAGAGAAAAACACACCAAUGGGGCAAGAACAAAUAAGGGAUAUUUUUCACCCCACUGGGAAUUCCAAAUCGAUGACUAGAGAAAUUGCCCUGAGAAAAGGAACGUACACAACUUACCAACAAAAGGGGAGACGCCACUUGGGGAUGCAAAAAAUGCUUCUAAGCGGAAGCAGCCAGGGGGAAAAAUCCAAAGAGGGGGGCUUAGAAGAGGGAGUUUCUGGAAUGCCCAUCUGGAACUGCGCAUUAGAAUCACCUCAGCAUGGAGAAGACACCCCCCCAAACAACAAACGAAUCACCAAUUCGCUAGAGAGAACAAGUGGUGUGCAUACAGAAGAUACAUGCUCAUUAAAGUACUCCUCCAAAGAAAGAACCACCACAGAAUGUAUGAUGAUUGAAGACGUAGAUGUAAAUAAGCCUAAACUGGAGGAGGAAGGAAUCAUAGGGUUGUCCACAAAUGUACCAGGACAUAGUAAAAAUCUCCACCUGUUAGACGAAUCCAGCAAUGAAAAGAUCUUUUUCGAUUCCCUUGUUAACAGCAAAAUGUAUUUUAGAAUCGACUUUAAGAUAUAUAAGCCCAUUCUUAUGAGGGCAAUUACCCAAGUGAGGGUGUACUCAAAUGAGAAGCUACUUCAAUGUGUUUACAUAAAGGAGUACCCACAAAAAUUUUCUGUAGUUGUGCAAAAUGCUGUCCGAAUGUGCAAUGGAAAAGUGCUAGCCAAAAUGAAAAAUAAGUUAAUUAACAUCAAAGAAACAGGGGUUCUGAAUUUUACGUAUCUAAACAAUAAAAAAGUAAUUGGGUGUUCCCAUAUUAGCAUUAGGCAUGUAGUAAGUUCUGGAGUGGAAGGAGGGCUUUUCAUUCCAGUAGAUGACCACGCGGAUUGUAGGAAACAGAAAAACCCAAAAGAAGCGUUUGUGGUAGAUCCUCUCCUCCCAUUCGGGAGACAAGAAAUUAACGUUUUAAAGUCCAAAAUUUUUGUCAACUAUAAGAUUGACUGCCCCAGGAGUAUGCAUGAUUUUAUUGCAUCUGGUGAAGUGGUAACAGCCAAGGCGAAAAUAUCCUUCCUGGAGGAUAUGGUUAGACAAAUGUAUAACUUCAUACAAGAUUCGGUGCUGCUCAGGUUCGUGAAGGGUGCACGGCGCGCACAUGGGGAAAGUGAAUGUGGCACCGGGAAUGGAGAGGCAGCAAGUCCGCGGGUGCCCUCCUUCGAGUAUCACGCGUUGAAAGAAGCCGCGAAAGUGGAAAACGAGGACCAACACGCAGACGGCGAAAAACACCUAUACAGUGAAAACCCAGGCGGUAGAAGCGGUAAUAUGGGGAACGCCCCGGAAGGGGGUGGUGGAGAGACUGAGGACCAUCUGCCCAUUGGGAAUGCCCCCCAAAAUGGUGAAAGGGAAGAUGCAACAGAUAGGAAAGCAGAGGAAGGGAAAGAUGAAAAUGAGGCGGCGGAAAAAUCCAAGAGCACUGAUUUAGAGGAAGGAGGUUGCAAUAAUACGUCUAGUUCGAACCAUACAGAUCCUCCUCCAUGUGAUGGCAUAGCCACGGGUAACCUACAGGGAGAGGCACCCAAUUCCAGUAACGUCGUGGAAGAUGUGCUAAAAUUGGAACAGGAAGACCAGGGAACGCAUAAGUGCCAACAAGUGGAUUGCAGCCCGGAUGAAGGGGAUAACCCCCACGUGGAGAGCACUUCCCCUGGGAAGACAUACAAUGAAAAUGCAGAGAACAACCGGAAAGGGAACAAAGACGAAGUAGAGCAAUGCGGCACGAACAGGUAUGCUCCAAAAGGGGUGCCUACUUACACCAAGGGAUUAAGAACAAAUUACCCAUUUGAACAAAAAAACAAGAAAAAGCAAAUAGAGCAACUAGAGAGCAUCAUAGCGGAGUAUAAAAAAGAAUUAGUAGAAAAAGGCGAAGAAAUACAAAAAUUAAAACAUUCAAACAAUAACACUAAUAUACUUUAUAAAGCCUGUUACAGGAAAUUACAGGAAAUUGAAAAUGAACGGAAAAGGACCGAUGCGAUGAACUUCCUACUCAGAUUUGAUGAUUCAUGUUCUAAUAAGUUAACCAAUCGUUUAGACACAAAGAAAGCCCUCCCCAGAAGAAAGGCAUAUACAGAAACUGACACAAAUGUAUUGAUGGGGCCUAAUGUACGAAGGGUAAACUCGUUGCGAACGGCCUUAGUUGCGCUAAACGGUGAAGAGAACAACAUGGGUGGAAAUGCGAUCCGUAGGAGCGGCACUGGCACUUUCACUGGAAGCAGCACUUAUACAACCACGAUGCGGAGCCUACCCCCAAUGGGGAAGGAAAGAUUGAACAAAAAGAAACAGACCAUGCGGACCGAGUCGGUCAACAGGGCGAUUAUGGAUUUAUUCGACGCUGAUUUGGGCGAAAACUUCCGGUUCGAAAAGGAUGCCACACCGAGGGGAACCAUGACGGAUGAGGGUGACCACUGCGGUGAGCGCCGCGUCCCCCUGAGUAACUACCAAAUUAAAGAAAAAAAAAUUGACGCACUUGUAAAAGAAAACGAAUCGCUAAAGGAACGAAUAAACAAGUUGACCUUAACCGAUGCGGAAUGGUACAGCAGAAUACCACCACUUAGAGAUGUCUACUCCAUCACAAGAGCAAAGGACAAAAGUAAGGCCCAGAAAUACGCGAAAUUAAGAGGCGUCGAGCAGCACUGCACAAACUCAAACUACUUGGAGCAUUCGUGGGGGGAGAAAAAAAAAAUUUACAACUACGCUGCGGUGAGGAACAAAUAUAGCAGUAACAGCAGAUUUAAUUUUCCUCUGAAUUUGGUUAAAAGUUAUUCUAAUGAUCCCAUUGCGCACAGGGACGUGGACAUCUACCAGUCCGGGUUCUAA